AUGGCAGAUGGUCUCUACGGCAUCAAGCAGGCCUCGAAGACCAAAGCCAAGGAAAUCUCAUCCUCCACUGCUCUCGCUUUCUCUACGAACUUGGCAUCACUGAUCUCCAGCUCGUCCUCUGCCAAAACCAAGCAUAUAACCGGCCGAUCACGCCCAUCCAAGGACAAAUCAGAUAUAUUCACGACACACAACAAGAACGUCAAGAAGCGGUCCGCCGCCGACCUCGAAGAUGGCCAGCAACGCCACAAGACCCGGGAUGACAUUGGCUCGGUCGAUGACGCAGAGUUGCAUAGGUCCAAGAGAAAGAUGCAGGACAAAGUCCGUUUAUACAAUGCCAUGAAGCGGGGCGAAUACAUCGGCAAGGAGGAUUAUGAUAACCGUGGCCUGGUUGAUUUUGACCGCAAGUGGGCGGAAGAUCAAGCAAAAGGUCAAGGUGACUCUGACAGCUCCGACUCAGACGACGGCAGUGCAGGGGAAGAAGAAAUGGUAGAAUACCUAGAUGAGUUCGGUCGACUCCGGAAAGGAACGAAAGCGCAGGCAGCGCGCGAAGAAAGAAGGAAACGUAUGCAGGCCAACGCUGCCGAAGAAGAGGAGCGACUUUCUGCGAGACCAUCAAUGCCGAGUAAUGUUCUCUAUGGAGACACUAUUCAGCACCAGGCUUUCAAUCCUGACCAAGCCAUCGCUGAUCGCAUGGCCGAAAUUGCGAAAAAGAGGGACAAAUCUGCCACUCCUCCUCCGGAGACACACUACGACGCUAGCGCUGAGAUCAGGACCAAAGGAACGGGCUUCUACACUUUCAGUAAGGAUGCAGAAGAGAGGAAACGAGAAAUGGACGCUCUUGAGAAGGAGAGGCUGGAGACGGAAAGAGUGCGCAAAGAACAGGACGAAAAGAAGGAGCAGAGGAAGAAAGAAAUCGAGGAGCGGCGCAAGUUGAUUGCCGCGCAGAGAGCGAAAGCGCAGGCAGACAAAUUCCUGAACGAACUUGACAUUGAAGGGGUCUGA